GGACUAGUCCUUUUAUCGAUGACCUCCUCCCUCAAGAAACACCAGCUCUUUUACAUGAGUUACCAGAUGAUGACGUCAUGAGCGAUACAGACUCGUGAGUGCAUGUAACAUCUCUAUGUAAUAUUUACAAACCGAGUAAAGCCCUGAUCAAAGGUUGAGAGACAUUGGUUAGCUGUUCUUAAUACUUUUUCAACACUUCCAUGUAUUCUAUUUAAGUUAAAGGGAUAUGGCAAUAUAAAUUAAGUUUGUCUUAUUUGAAAGAACAUUUAAAAUGAUAUAUAAACUUCCUGUACAAUUAUUCCGUAUCUUGCUUGGUUUUCGAAAUAAAUCGACUUAUUUUGGUCAAAAGCAGCGUGUAUUCCGCCAUCUUGGAUAUGCAUUCGAUAUGCAUACGUCACAAGUAGGGUAAAAAGCGAAAUUUCUAUCUUGCAAACCACAUGUCAUUAUCAAUAUCAAACUCGAUUUUCCGAAGUCUUUUUAGUACUUAAUUAACUCACAAUAUUUUAAGAAACUUUUCGAAGAAAUUUAGUCCCACAUGAAGUUUUAACAAGUUUACCCUGCUUGUGACGUCAUCAAAAACUCAGUUAAUUAGGUAAAUUAUAAUACCAAGAUGGCGGACUACACACUGUUUUUGGUCAAAAUAUUUCGAAAAAUAAACAAGGUAAGAAAAAGUUGUAAAGGGUCGUCAUAUAUAACUUUAAAAGUUCUUUCAAAUAAGACAAAGUUAAUUCUGACUUAUUGCCAUAUCCCUUUAAAACACAGUUAGAAUAUACUCAUCAAACUUUUAUUUUGUUAAUAUACAGCUUGGAUGUUCCCCGUAACAAUGCGCGCAUGUCACACCCCACACCCCACACCCCACCUAUAGCGCCCUGACACAUGUGAUCUAUAUAAUAAAUAAAGAAGUAGGCUGCGGUCCUUGACUCCUUAUCACGGUAUAAAGGAGCCUUCAUGGGACCGAUUUGUCGAAUUUCAAUGGACAAUUAACUGACGAAUUUUUAUUGAAUGUUUGAAUUAUUUUUGUAACUUGUAAGGCGAUAGCUUUUUCACAAUUCUAUCGAGUUAAGGCGGCCGAUAAAUUAUUGUCUUGGUUAACCUGUCGAUGAAAAGUACUGUUCAUACGUUUCCAGACAUGAUGAAGAAAUCACAGACACACCUGCCAAUCCUGCUGUCCUCACACCUGAGAUGGUCUUAGCUAUGUUUCCACUUGUCAAUAAUCAUACUUCGCAGCAAGACGAACAAAGGUGCGUUGCUUUCUUGUAGUUGUAGAAAUAACGCCAUAAUUACAUUAAAAGUUUCUUCCAGAAAGCUUACUAAAAGCAGACAGUGUAGUUCACAAUUAUUCACCAAAGUGGAGAUGAACAGUUCAACGCGAAGCCGCGAAGCAUUGUGGUGAAUAACCUUGCACUAUUCACCGACACUGAGGUUGAAUAUAGUUGUUUUAGCAUAUACCAUAAAACAAAAAUGACCAAGAAACAACGAGAAUAUUUUCAAAACAAUUUGUAUUUCAGCCCUUGUAUUAGUUGUAAACAAAACAGUAUUUGCAAGCUUUUAGUAAUAUUAUUCAUUAGAAAUUAUAACUUUAAAGAAUACCUCUACACACUGUCAAACAAAACUUUGUGGCUUUCUUCGUGUUUGGCGAAACCGCAGCUUCGUUUAGUACAAACAAUUCGCUCGUCUGUAACCGGAACGAAACGGGAAGCCAGUUUGUUUUUGUCCGGAUAUCCGGAGCUGCAGAGCAACCAGUCAAAUUACGUGAAAAGCACUAUCGACCUCCCGAGUAUAUGCUAAUUUUGUGUACACACCGCUGACGUUUUAGGCCUAAUUCUAAAUAAGUUUGCGAAAAUAAACAACUAACUCUCAUAAACAAGUUAAGAAUCAACGUAUAGAAAAAAGAGACGCCGUCAAUAUUUUACAAUUCUGCAGCAGUUCGAUCAACGGCUUUUUUUUGUCAAAACAAUAAUUUGAACAUGCAUGCUAUUAACUAGUGGAUUGGAUUUUUUGAAACCUGAAAUAUUGAUAUAUUGAAUAAAAAGAAAUUCACUGGUUGUUUUAAAUAUCUUUGAUAUAUUGCUGCACAGCUAUUAGUAAAUAAUAACCACUGGCAAACACAAAAUUGAUUUUUCAAUUUCCGUUUGCUGCCGGAAAAUAGGUGGACUGAAUGUGUGAGCUUUACCUAGUUCAAGACGAAGUGUUAUUCCUAAAUUGAAAAAUAAAUAUGGGUUGGUGUGUGCUACGAAAUUGGAGAUUUUUGAAAGAAUUUUUAAAAAUAUUUCCCCAAUUUUGCGCUUCUGAGGGAACGUUUUUCUUUGUAAAAGUGUAGCAGUGAUCAUAUAUAAGUAUUUGAAUACAGGUUUUUAGCUGGUUGUAAAAAUAUCACGAAUGAAAAACUAACAUGAAUUUUAAAUAAAUUAAAUUUCUGUUAUCUAGUGAUGAAACAUUUCCACGAAAUGGAAAAUUACCUUCGAAUAAUAAUCCCAUGUCAUCAAGGGGAUUAAUAUCAAGGUUAAUAUUAAAAUAUUACUGUAAUAUUAAAAUUUUGUUAACUCAUUUGGAGUAAUCAUUGACACUUUAUAGUAAACAUGCAGUGAAUGCGCGAUAGAACAGCGCUUGCAUGUUCCAACUAGUUUCGAAAAACCUAUAAGAUCUUCCAUGGGAAAAAAAACAGAUAAAAAUACAGACAAACAAACCAACAAACGUUUUCCCAAUUAAAGGACUCCAUCUAAAUAUUUGGAGAAAGACAAUCCUUUUAAACCAGGAUUGAGUAUAUGUACCGAGUAAUUCAAACUGAUCUAGUUAUUCGCAUUUGUUUAUUUUAUAGAAACGAACGUGAAAAGGAACUGUCGACUUAUGUCAAAACUUGCAAUGACCGCCUGGGACGGGCGGUGAGACAACGAUUGCAGGACAUGAAUAACUUACUAAAAGAUGAUAAACUGAAAACGAUAUUAUAAUCUUGCACUUAUCAUGUUUGUAAGCUGUUCACUUUUGUAAAUUGUGCAUUUAAUGUUUGUAUAUAUAUAAUUUCAAGAAUUGUUACACAGAAAAUAUUGUUAAUAUAUGUUUAAUUUAUUUAUAAUAUUUAUCGUAUUUGCUACGCAAUGAGCUCUAAAUAUAUCUGGAGUAAGAACUCUGGGGCCG